GACGAUUCUUGCCUACAAUGGCCGUCGUCCCGAGCAAUCCUCGACCAUGACACCCAGCAUGGUAGAGUUCCAUCUCCAGUUUCAACCAAUUCCGUCCCCGAACAUCAGACCGCUCCUUUUCCUCACCUCAAGAGGGAAAGUUGUCAGGAACUAUUGUUUGUCCGAAGCUGUUCUGGACUUCUCUAGGUCUGCUCGCUUGCAAGCGAUAGUCGACUGUGUUCCGGCAGUGCAAACCACGUUGGCCACGUUGCUUGAGGGGCCCGAGGCGACGGCAAAGAUUCCUUUCCAGUACGGAGUAGACGGAUCUUUGUUUGCUUCAUACUUAAGUUUUCUCGGAUUUUCUGACUCUCAGCAUUCAACUCCAUCAAUCAGCAGCAAAUCGUCCUUCUUCCUCAGUGUGUCACUAUGAGCAGUCCUCCUCCGUCAUCGGGUGCGGACAAGCAGGUCGAGCAUGAAAAGAACAUAGAUCCUGAGACCACCGUGGUCGCCCUCAGCAAUGAUUCCAGUGAACCGAGCAUACUGGAGGGACCGGAUCGGAAUGAUGAACGCAACCCUCAAAACUGGAGCCCGUGGAAGAAGAGAUUGGUGUUUUUGGCUCUGAUGUCGAGUUCAAUCCUCGCCGACGGGUACGUGCUCAUUUUACUCUCCAUUGCUUGUGCCUGACAUUGAAGCAGUGGAAUGACCUGGGGUGCAACGCUCGUCGCCGCACAAGCAGUCGAAUGGAAAACGUCGAUCGCACACUCUGCUACCUCUCUCAAUUAUGGUAUUCUGCUGCAAGGAUUUGGUGGCAUUUUUGCUGUUCCUCUGAUCGAUGCAUACGGCCGUCUUCCUAUCUGGAUCUGGCCUCAGAUCAUUACCCUAUUCGUUGUCGUUGGAUGCAUCUACGCAGAGAGUUGGUCGGUCUUUACCGCGUUGCGUGCCCUGCAAGGCUUGUUCGGCACCGUCCCUCAAGUCAUCGGUCUGCCAAUCAUCCACGAUAUGUACGCACCUCGCGAAUGGCCUCGAUACAUCAAUACUUGGGGCACCACUUUUCUUGUCGGUCCAUUCCUGUUCCCUGCGCUGGCAGGCUACAUCCUCGAUGGCACAGGCUCAUGGCGAGAUGCGUUCAAAGUUCUUGCCGGGUUUUAUGGUCUGUCAACGAUAUUGAUUCUUGCCUUUGGUCGUGAAACCUAUUACAACAAAGCCACCGGGACGCAACAGACGAACCGCGUCAAGGCAUUCUUCGGCAUUGGAAACACCAGAUUGCCCAAGGGUGCGACUCUGAGCUCAUCAACGGUCAAUAUCAUCAAACAUAUCUUCACACUACCGAUCCUUUUGGUCGGCAUCUCAACCAUGGUCAAUUUCACAUGGCCGAUUGGCAUCACCACCACGAUCGACUCCUUCGUGCGAGCUCCUCCGUAUCUGUUUGACAACAUUGCCGAUGCAUCCAUUCGUUUUGCCGGUGUUAUUGGAGCCUUGCUAGGUUUCGUUUUUGGGUACUUUUUCAACGAAUGGAUCUACAACGGCUCGGGUGGAAGACGCAAGGCUACUUGGCGAAGCGAGUACAGACUGCACGGCGUCUGGUUCCCGAUUGGCAGCAUGUUUUGCGGUCUUCUCACCUACGGGUUUACACUCAACUACGGAAAGAGUUGGGUAGGUCUGGCAUUUGGCUGGGUGAUGGUGAAUAUCGGUCUGGUCGGCAGCACAGUGGCCAUUACCGCCUUUGCCCUCGAGAAAUAUCCCAAUCAAGCCACCGUCGUCAGUGCCAUCAUCAACAUGUGGAGGACCUGCGGUGGUUUUGCCGUAGGAUAUUUUCAACCUAGCUGGAUUGCGAAAGACGGCGUUGCGGCUGUGUUUGGUACGCAGGCUGCAGUUGUUGCAGUUUGUGUGAUUUUGUUGAUCGGUCCUGCCAUCUUGCUGGGGAGAAGAGCUGCACAGCGAAACAUGGCGGCUGCCCCUUCUGCUUAAGUCAAAGUGAUCAGGGUCAGGGUCCCGUUGAGUGGCUGUCAAUAGCAGUGCGCGUUGUCACUUUCGAACCGUCACGGGCUUUGUGUCGUCGACGCCUUGUUUGUUCAUUUGGACGGCUCUUCACUCGAGGAUAUGCCAGCCAGGCAGCAAUCCUCAUUUUGGGAGCUACAGGUCCAUCCAUAGAUUCCAUAAAUUGCAGCCACUGGCAAAAAGUACUCUGAUUCGAUCGCAUUCAGUCUUUGGGGAAAACUGUAGGGAGGCAAGC